AAUAGAUAUAACGAAUUAAAAGUCUUUAAUCUGUAAAAAUAGCUUAAAUGUCACGUAAGAUACUUCGACAUACAUACGACGCCCAUCUUAAUACAUCUAUUCAGUGGUUGCAUAGAACAACAUGGACAUUCAAACAACAAAUACUAGAAGAAAAAUAUUAAAUCAUGUAGUCUGUAGCAUUUUAGUAGAAUGUGGUUAUGACACCUGCGAAAAGCAAGCUUUAGAAACUCUUACAGAAAUGCUACAGUCCUUUAUUGUAGAAGUUGGUGAAUCUGCAAGAAAUUAUUGCGAACUUUCUGGUAGGACAGAGCCACUGAUUGCUGAUAUUAUAGUAGCAUUAAUAAGUAUGGGUAUAAAAUUAGACAAUUUGGAAAAUUAUGGUAAAAGACCAAAUAGAACAGUAUUACCACCGCUUCAGCAACAAACUCAAUCGAAGCAGUUAAAUAUUUUACAGGCUGGUGUAAAGCAAGGUCAUCCAGCUCAUAUACCAAGUCAUCUACCACCUUUUCCUGAUCCACAUGCUUACAUCAGAACACCGACUCAUAAACAACCAGUAACAGAAUACGAAGCAAUAAGAGAAAAAGCUGCCACUCAAAAACGUGAUAUUGAAAGAGCUUUGACAAGGUUUAUUGCAAAAACAGGAGAGACACAUAGUUUAUUUUUAACAGAUGAUAAUAGUAUGUUUCCAUUAAUAUCAUGUAAACCACAAUUUCCUAGUUACCUUUCUGCAUUACUUCCACAAGAUCAAAUAUUUGAAGCUGAUCAAGAUUUUCAGUUUGAACCAAGUCCAGUUAAAAAGAAGAAAGAACAAGACAUUGAAGAAACAGAGGAAGGUAUGAAAGGACAAAAUGAAGAUAGUGAACAAAAUGGAGAAACCACGACACAACAAGAUGCUAUAGAUAAUCCUUAUUUGAGGCCAGGAAAAAUACCAAAGAAUAAAAUACCAGGAGUUACAGUCCCUAGCUUACAUCCAAUAAAAAGGGAUAGUCUUGAAUAAAUAUUUUAACAAGAUA